UCUUACUGUCAUUCCCAUCCCCUGUUUCCUUCCCCCUUCCAACCCCCUUCCAACCCCCUUCCAAUCUAAUCUCCAAUCUCUAUGUCCUCCCCCAUGGAUCCGAACAAACUCCGGCGUGUCUUCCAACUAUUCGACCUCGACGGCGAUGGCCGGAUCUCCAAAAAGGAGCUCAGCGAGUCCCUCCGCAGUCUCGGCAUCGACGACCUAAAAUCCUUGAUCGACAACAUAGAUGAAAACAAUGACGGUUGCGUCGACCUCGAAGAAUUCGAGGACCUGUAUCAGACCAUCAUGGAAGAUAUGCGCAGCGAUAGAGACGAAGAAGAAGAGAUGCGCGAGGCUUUCAAGGUGUUUGAUCAGAAUGGAGAUGGUUUCAUCACUGAGGAUGAGCUGAGGUCUGUUCUCUGUUCGCUGGGGUUGAAACAGGGGAGGACGCCGGACGAUUGCCGGAAAAUGAUUAUGAAGGUUGACGAGGAUGGAGAUGGAAAGGUUAAUUUUAAGGAGUUUAAGAAGAUGAUGAGAGGAGGAGCGUUUGCUGCCUUGACUUGAUGAGUUUUAUCUUUUUAUUGUUUUUUUGGAUCUCUAGAAAUAAAUUGUUAAUACCUUUUUCAGA